AUGUCCUCCUUCUUGCGUGCCGCGGCUGGUACCCGCACUUUCGCUAGGCGGUUUGCUACGGUACCGCCGAAGAAGGACUCCAACUUGCCUUACUACCUUCUUGGCGGUGGCGUCGCCGGUCUCUCCCUAUAUUUGUACCUGGACUGGGACAAUCGCAAGGCUGUUUUCGAAAAGGUCGACCAGGAUGCGCAAAAGUCUAAGGAUCCCAUAAGCGUGUUCGACUCUAAGGAAUUCCGCGACUUCAAGCUGAAGCGUACAGAACCUUGCAACCAUAACACAACGAAAUACGUUUUCGAGCUUCCCGAAAACGCCCCCUCCAAACUACCCGUUUCCUCCUGCGUGCUCUUCCGCGCGUCCGAUGCCGAGUCUCUACAAACCAAAGAUGGCAAACCCGUCGUCCGUCCUUACACUCCCACUUCCCCCUCUGAUCUGCCCGGGGAGAUGGAGUUCAUAGUCAAGCGAUAUGAAAAUGGUGCGAUGUCGCAAUACCUGCACACGCUCAAACCAGGCGACUCUCUCGCUAUCAAGGGUCCGCUACUUAAGUUCCCAUACAAGAUGAACGAGUAUGACGAGAUUGGCAUGGUUGCCGGCGGCAGCGGAAUAACACCGAUGUACCAAGUUCUUCAGCAUGCGCUCGCCGACCCUUCUAACAAGACCAAAUUCACCCUUCUCUUCGGGAACGUGGAAGAACGUGACAUUUUACUCAAGGAAGAAUUUGAUAAGCUUAAGAAGAAACAUCCCGACACAUUCGAGAUCAUCCAUGUUCUCGGAACUCCACCGGAGGGUUGGAAAGGACCAAGUGGCUUUAUCACGAAGGAGCUGAUGCAGAAACACUUUGGUGGUCCUGAGAAGCAGGACAAGAUCAAGAUCCUUGUUUGUGGCCCUCCUGCCCAGGUUGCGGCCGUUGCAGGCAAGAAGGAAGGAAUGAAGCAGGGUCCUCUUGGCGGCGCGCUGAAGGAGCUGGGAUACGAGGAAAGUCAGGUCUUCAAGUACUAA